AUGGUGGUGUCUGGGGAGAUGGUGGCGUCUGGGGAGAUGGUGGCGUCUGGGGAGAUGGUGCCGUCUGGGGAGAUGGUGGUGUCUGGGGAGAUGGUGGCGUCUGGGGAGAUGGUGGCGUCUGGGGAGAUGGUGCCGUCUGGGGAGAUGGUGGCGUCUGGGGAGAUGGUGGUGUCUUGGGGAGAUGGCAGCGAUCCUGCUGGCACGGCACGGGUCCCAACGUCUCCUCGUGGCACGGCACGGGUCCCAACGUCUCCUCGUGGCACGGCACGGGUCCCAACGUCUCCUCGUGGCACGGGUCCCAACGUCUCCUUGUGGCACGGCACGGGUCCCAACAUCUCCUCGUGGCACGGCACGGGUCCCAAGGUCUCCUUGUGGCACGGCACGGGUUCCAACGUCUCCUCGUGGCACGGCACGGGUCCCAACGUCUCCUCGUGGCACGGCACGGGUCCCAACGUCUCCUCGUGGCACGGCACGGGUCCCAACGUCUCCUCGAGGCACGGCACGGGUCCCAACGUCUCCUCGUGGCACGGCACGGGUUCCAACGUCUCCUCGUGGCACGGCACGGGUCCCAACGUCUCCUUGUGGCAUGGCACGGGUCCCAACGUCUCCUCGUGGCACGGAACGGGUCCCAAUGUCUCCUCGUGGCACGGGUCCCAACGUCUCCUUGUGGCACGGCACGGGUCCCAACAUCUCCUCGUGGCACGGCACGGGUCCCAACGUCUCCUUGUGGCACGGCACGGGUCCCAACGUCUCCUCGUGGCACGGCACGGGUCCCAAUGUCUCCUCGUGGCACGGGUCCCAACGUCUCCUGGUGGCACGGCACGGGUCCCAACAUCUCCUCGUGGCACGGCACGGGUCCCAACGUCUCCUCGUGGCACGGCACGGGUCCCAACGUCUCCUCGUGGCACGGCACGGGUCCCAACGUCUCCUCGUGGCACGGCACGGGUCCCAAUGUCUCCUCGUGGCACGGGUCCCAACGUCUCCUUGUGGCACGGCACGGGUCCCAACAUCUCCUCGUGGCACGGCACGGGUCCCAACGUCUCCUCGUGGCACGGCACGGGUCCCAACGUCUCCUCGUGGCACGCCACGGGUCCCAAAGUCUCCUCGUGGCACGGCACGGGUCCCAACGUCUCCUCGUGGCACGCCACGGUUCCCAACGUCUCCGCGUGGCACGGCACGGGUCCCAAAGUCUCCUCGUGGCACGGCACGGGUCCCAACGUCUCCUCGUGGCACGGCACGGGACCCAACGUCUCCUCGUGGCACGGCACGGGUCCCAACGUCUCCUCGUGGCACGGCACGGGUCCCAACGUCUCCUCGUGGCACGCCACGGGUCCCAAAGUCUCCUCGUGGCACGGCACGGGUCCCAACGUCUCCUCGUGGCACGCCACGGUUCCCAACGUCUCCGCGUGGCACGGCACGGGUCCCAAAGUCUCCUCGUGGCACGGCACGGGUCCCAACGUCUCCUCGUGGCACGGCACGGGUCCCAACGUCUCCUCGUGGCACGGCACGGGUCCCAACGUCUCCUCGUGGCACGGCACGGGACCCAACGUCUCCUCGUGGCACGCCACGGGUCCCAAAGUUUCCUCGUGGCACGGCACGGGUCCCAACGUCUCCUCGUGGCACGCCACGGUUCCCAACGUCUCCUCGUGGCACGGCACGGGUGCCAAAGUCUCCUCGUGGCACGGCACGGGUCCCAACGUCUCCUCGUGGCACGGCACGGGUCCAAACGUCUCCUCGUGGCACGCCACGGUUCCCAACGUCUCCUCGUGGCACGACACGGGUCCCAAAGUCUCCUCGUGGCACGGCACGGGUCCCAACGUCUCCUCGUGGCACGGCACGGGUCCCAACGUCUCCUCGUGGCACGGCACGGGUCCCAAAGUCUCCUUGUGGCACGGCACGGGUCCCAACGUCUCCUCGUGGCACGCCACGGGUCCCAAAGUCUCCUCGUGGCACGGCACGGGUCCCAACGUCUCCUCGUGGCACGGCAUGGGACCCAAAGUCUCCCCGUAG